ACUCAAACAAAAUGGUGAAACUCAAAAAACUAAACAAUUAAUCAAAUCAAUAAUCCUAUCAAAUUCAUUAAAAAAAAAAAAAAAAAAAGCCUCCACCAUUCACAUAAAUCACUCUCAAAUUUUGUUCACAAUUAUGUCUUCUUCGAUGUUGACGCCAACACACAAAUAUGCAACCGGAGCAUUAUUUGGGCUGGCACUACAUCAGGCCCAGAUCCACCAGACAUGUCCAUUGGGCUUUCCGGGUGACCCGACUGAGGAACGUAGUAGCAGUUGUAGCAGUACCGAUUCCGUUUCUGAUGACCCGCAACUUUGGGUUAAUGAAUCAUCUAACCUUCUAAGGCCCAUUUUCAAAUUUCUAGAGAUUGAUGAAAAGGCGUGGUCUGGACUAGAGGAAACUGCUGCCUCUACACCACCAAAGCAUCAUGUUGGAGCGUUUCUAAGGUUACUUUCUGAAGAAAGUGAUGGCGAUUCUUCAGAAGCACCAGAAAUGGAACUUGCUUUGGCAAAUGGCGUGGAUGCUAUGGCAUCAAGCAUGGAGAAAACUUCUGAAAAUGAGUCUAAGGACGAGAAGAGGCGUGAAUAUAAGCAAGAAUGUCAGGAGAAGCUAUCGAUUGCUGAUGUGAAGUCCAAGUCCGAUACAGAAAAUACAAAUAUUGAAAGUUCCCAAGAGAAAAGCCAGAAAUCGUCUAGCAUUGCGGGGGCUCAUUUGAAGUCUGUUAGUGGAUCUGAUGAAAAACCUGUGGAAGAGGUAUCAAUGCUUGAGUACACUAGGAAGGUAACCAUUCUCUAUGAGCUCCUUUCAGCUUGUCUCGCACAAACACCUGAAGACGGUAAGAAAUCUACUCGAAGAAGGAAGGGUUAUGAUGCUCGACAUCGUGUGGCUUUACGUUUGCUAGCGACAUGGCUUAAUGUUAGAUGGAUUAAAGUGGAAGCCAUUGAGACCAUGGUUGCUUGUUCAGCGAUGGCUAUUCUGAAAGAGGAAGAAUCGAAGGAGGAAAACCAAUCCCCUGAUAGUUCAUGGGCUAAGUGGAAACGAGGAGGUAUUAUAGGUGCAGCUGCAUUGACUGGUGGAACUUUAAUGGCAAUUACUGGCGGUUUGGCUGCUCCAGCAAUAGCUGCAGGCUUUGGUGCUUUAGCGCCUACCUUGGGUACUCUUAUUCCUGUUAUUGGAGCAAGUGGAUUCGCUGCUGUUGCUACUGCUGCAGGAAGUGUGGCAGGAUCUGUUGCAGUUGCGGCAUCAUUUGGAGCUGCUGGAGCUGGACUUACAGGAACUAAAAUGGCCAGGAGAACUGGAGAUGUUGAUGAAUUUGAGUUCAAGGCUAUAGGAGAAAACCACAACCAGGGGCGGCUAGCAGUUCAGAUCUUGAUCUCGGGACUUGUUUUUGAGGAGGAAGACUUCAUAAGACCUUGGGAAGGACAACAUGAUAAUUCUGAAAGGUAUAUAUUGCAGUGGGAAUCUAAGCAUAUUAUUGCUGUAAGCACUGCAAUUCAGGAUUGGUUGACUUCAAGAAUUGCAAUGGAGUUGAUGAAACAAGGUGCUAUGAUGACUGUACUACACGGUCUUUUAACAGCAUUGGCUUGGCCGGCAGCUUUACUUACUAUUACUGAUUUUAUUGACAGCACAUGGUCAAUUGCUCUGGACAGAUCUGAUAAAGCAGGAAUACUCCUGGCAGAAGUGUUGAAAAAAGGAUUACAAGGACACAGGCCUGUGACACUUGUAGGGUUCUCACUCGGGGCAAGAGUUAUUUUUAAAUGUUUACAGGUUCUGGCUGAGAGUGAAAAUUCUGGACUUGUGGAAAGGGUUGUUCUUCUUGGGGCACCCAUUGCAAUUAAAGAUAUGAACUGGGAAGCAGCUAGAAAGAUGGUAGCUGGUAGAUUUGUGAAUGCCUAUUCUACAAAUGAUUGGAUGCUUGGAGUUGCCUUUCGUGCUAGUCUCCUUACUCAAGGAUUAGCUGGAAUUCAACCUGUUGAGAUUCCUGGUGUUGAGAAUGUUGAUGUGACUGAAUUCAUCGAGGGCCAUUCGACGUAUCUAUGGGCUACCCAAGAGAUUUUAGAACUACUUGAGCUGGAUACUUACUAUCCUGUUUUUGGUCAUCGUGCUGUUAAAACAUAGAUUUACUGUUAUCUUGUUUUAGUAAUAUGGCCACUCUUACUGUGAGUGCAUUGGUAGGCAUUUCGUUGUUUGUGACCACAUAUUUACCAACUGUAAAGCUUCAGUAUGUGAGUUAAGAUUCUGUAACACGAAUAUGUAAGUAAGUUUUGAUGAAAAGCAGGUCAGCUAAAUUCUCUUA